AAUUGUUUCAGCCAGAGAGUUAAGCAGACAGUCUUUUACUGCACUGUCGUGGAAAGAAAAUCCCUGUCUAGGCAUGGGCCUGAGCACACAGCACUGAGAGGGGAAUGACUACUAUUCACAUGGUGAUUAUAUUUAGGCAGAAAGUAAUUAGGAGAAGUCGGACUUCUAACCCAGACUGUGGUGGAUGCUAGAAAGACUGGAGAGCUCCAACACUGCAUGAGGCAACAGGUGUUAACCUGCCAUCAAAGCAAACACAGACAGAAUACACCAAGGAAAGUAACUGGAGAAGGACUGUCACAAAUAGGGACAUAUCACCAACAGAAAGUGCUUUUCACAAAACAUCUCCAACUUCAACCUGCUCUCUGGUCUAAAUGUGCAUGGGAAGCCAACCCUCCCUUCUAGGCCAGGCCUGAGCAGUGCCGGGAUACUUCAGCUGCAAAUCUUCAGCCGCCUCCAAUUUAUUUCUGAACAACUCCAGUGGCUAAGGUAUCCCAAGGGGAAAGAUUUACUGGAGGGGAGAACUACCAAAGCACAAAUUGUGAGAAGUUGGCAAAGUCAAUACCAGGCAAGUCUUCAUUAAUAUUCUUUCAAGGAGCGCCAUUGCCUCGACAUACCAUUAAUGAGAGAGUCCUUGUCAGUGGAGGAGGAUAGACACACUGUUGUGUCACAGAGCAAGCCCUCAACCCUUCCAGAGGUUUCCCAUUGGUGCAAACUGAUAGAUGAGUGAUUGCUCGUUGAUCGAUUAGCCUUCCUCCCAGCUGAUGCAGUGAGGCCAGUCUGGUUGCUUCAUAUGAUUUGUAAACUUUUCAAGCACUAAUCAGACAGAGACAAAAGUUGUGAACUUUUUUUAAUGUGUUGCCGUUUUUUGAGUUAAGAGUCAACUCAACUGAUACAUUGGACUGGCAGCGGUCGAUUGGAACCUCUUGACAUGGCUCUCAAUAUAUCUUCAGUAAGGGACACAAAAUGGCUGACGUUGGAAGUGUGUCGGCAGUUUCAGAGAGGAACUUGCUCACGGAGUGAUGAGGAAUGCAAAUUUGCACACCCACCAACGAGCUGCCAGGUUGAAAAUGGAAGAGUUAUUGCCUGCUUCGACUCGUUAAAGGGUCGUUGUUCAAGAGAAAACUGUAAGUACCUUCAUCCACCUUCUCAUUUAAAAACCCAGCUAGAGAUUAACGGACGCAACAACCUCAUCCAGCAGAAGACGGCAGCAGCCAUGCUGGCCCAGCAGAUGCACUUCAUGAUCCCAGGCACGAGCAUGCAGCCUGUACCUGCGUUCAAUGUCACCCAGGGGCUUGGUACGAGCCCAGGUCUCAGCUACUCUCCUUACCUUACACCCAUGACCUCCAUGAGCCAUGGGAUGAGCCUGAUACCCACGGAACUGCUCCCCAACACCCCAGUCAUGGUCCCUGGAAGCCCCCCAGUCACACUCCAGAGCUCAAACUCGUCCUCCUCUUCCCCCUCACAGAAGCUAUUGCGCAUCGACAAACUGGAGGUGUGUCGUGAGUUCCAGCGGGGGACCUGUGCGCGAGGCGAGACGGACUGCCGCUUCGCCCACCCCAGCGACAGCCCCAUGAUCGACACCAGUGACAACACGGUCACCGUCUGCAUGGACUACAUCAAGUCGCGCUGCUCCAGGGAGAAGUGCAAGUACUUCCACCCCCCUGCACACUUACAGGCCAAAAUCAAAUCCUCUCAACACCAGGUCAACCAUACGGCUGUUGCAGCCCAGGCAGCAGCUGCAGCCAUGACUCAGUCGACUGCCAAAGCAAUGAAGCGAACCUUCGAGGCAACUGUAGACCUGCAGGCAUUCCCUUAUGGCUGCCUGCAGCCCCUACCAAAGAGACCAGCACUGGAGAAGAACCACGGGGCCAGCUCCUUCUUCAACCCCAGUAUGUUGCACUACCAGCAGGCUCUGGCCAAUGCACAGCUCCAGCAGACAGCUGCGUUCUAUCCCACAGGGUCAGUGUUUUGCAUGUCUCCUGCUACCGGCGUUGUACCCAUGAUGUACAGUGCUACGCCUGCUACUGUCUCUGCAGCAACUACUCCUGCCACAAGUGUUCCCUACGCAGCAACAGCACCAGCCAAUCAGAUCAUCCUCAAGUAACUAACAGGAAAGGAACAGAGUGUCAAGACGCUGCCCUUAGAGGUCCCAAACAGCCCGUCUGUAAAUACUACAUUUGCUCCACAAGAGAACUACAGCAACCUGCAUGCUGAGAAGAAGAUUAGAGGCAAUGUAUAACAUUGAGCUAUGGUAAAAAAUAUAUAUAUAUAUGAUAUACCAGUGUUGCUAGGACUACUACCAUUACUGAUAAGUAAAUGUAUGAUUUUAUUAUAUGUAUACACACGAUUGGGGAUUCUGAAAAUGUAAUUGUAAAGGUAUUCAACAAUUACUUUUAUGACCUUUUUAAUGUUUUGCUAAAACUACACAACUCACCCAAAUCAAACUUUUACAUUUUUUUUUUUUGCAGAAUUGAUUGUGCAUCUGAAGUGUUUGAUUCCUUUUAUUUAAAACAGACCAUUGAAAAGCUCUCUUGUUUUUACCCCAUAUACAAAUGUACACUUGGCCUGUGCAUCAGGCUGGAAGGAGUGCUCUCCUUGUUCUUGUAAAGGAUGAAUGUGAUGGAGGAUGGAUAGUCUGUUGUUCUCUGAGUAUAGGAUCACUGCUCCCCCUCCCGGUGUGCCUUGGUCCCUUUAUGACGAAGAAAUAAGACAUGAUAAUAGCAGAACAUUUCAUUCUUCUACCUUAUGGUGGCCAAAUGGCAGUGAUAUAAUCAGCCACUAAUUCCAGAAUUGAUCAUGAAUCUAGCGAUCACUGGUUCCAUGUGUCUGUUUGCGUUGCACUGUUUGCGUUUAUGUCUAUUGGGCCUUGAGUAUUUUAGCAUUCAUCCAAGAAAUACCAGAUGUGCCAAUGACCUAGCAGAGUGAUUGGUGGGCUGAAAAUAAGCCACCUUAGAGGAUUUGAAAGUCUGAGUAAGAGUUUGGUGAGCUAUUAGACAUUUAAAGGGUUAGGUGGCUAUACUCCGAGGCCACCGACAUUAAAUGGGGAACAGAAUGAUAAGACUUCAAAAGAAAGGUACAGUACAUGUGGUGAUCUUUGUUAAAAAUUCUGACUUAAACAUGACGGGAGGUCCCUUGUUAAUCCGGUCUUAUUUUAACUGUAGAAGUGCCUAAAGUAAUGUGUGUGUAUAUAACAUGCAUCUUCAAAAAGGCUGUGUGAAAAAAAAAAAAAUCCAAAUUAAAUAGAAAACCCUCACAAUUUCUCAAAACACUCCACACUCUCACAAUAAUCAUUUCUGGAAGAAAAUGAACACCUUUUUUUGUGUGUGUGAUGUGAAUUCAGUGCAUUGGUACUCUUUGUACAGCGGGUUAGUUUUUACUGCUUUAACUUUUCAUUGAUCAUUGACUUUUUUAAUUUAAAAAAUAAAAAUAAUAAUUAAAUGUUAAUAUCGCACAGAUCUGAACAUGACUGCUUUGGCAUGAUGUUCAGUGAGGGUUCAUUAUGUAACAUGGUUUAGCUUCAUUCUUAAUGAGUUGAACGUUUUUUUUUUUUUUUUAAUCUCUAAAAAAGUGAUUGGAGGUUAGAAAACCAGAUAUGUAUCGUAAUUCUAUGUUGCUAACUCAUUCUUCUCUUUAUACAGCUGUCUUUAUCAUAUCCUCACGUUUACUGCAUUGAUAUCAUAGUCUAACAUCUUUCAAGCAGAAUGUAUCACAAUACAUGUUUUAGUGGUAGGACGUGGUCACAUUACAAAUGUAAUGAAACUCGUGUAACUCUACAUAUGUUAUUGUCGAAGCUUCAUUGUAUGUACAAACUGGUCUAUAAAACUAGCACUUACAAACAGAAGACAGAUUUAUCCACCAGUGCAAAGUCUAUACAUGUUAUUUACAGUAGGGUAUAAAAGACUAAUGGAGCCAGUUAUUUACAGAAGGAUAUAAAAGAUGAAAAUAAAGUUUAAAAAAUAUUGAACUAUUUACAAUUUAUCUACACGUACCAUUAUUUUACCUUUUUGCUCAAACUUGUAUGUUUUAUUUGCUCUUGAAAUAACAGUUUAAAAAAUUCACACAGGUGCAAACUCGAAAUGUUACCCAGUCUUUCAUUCUCCCCUUUUCAUUUUGUGUGUGAGUGAAAUCUGUCUGUAAACAUUAAAAAAAAAAAAAAAAAAUC